UUUAAUCAAAAUCUAGUCAAAAUUUAAGAAAAAAAAGAGAACGAACAGCAACAAGUAUCUCUCACCGACAGCACGAUUAUCACCACCACCAAUAGAUAGAUAGUAUCGUUGUUGUUGUUGUCGUUGAAUCUAUUAUGGACGACAACAACAACAAUAAUAAUAAUUCAUGUACAACGGAAAAUCAUUGGAGAGAUUCAACAAUUGUACAACAAUCAACAUCGACAAUGUUGUUCCCAUUAUCGAUGAUGAUGAAAAAGGCUGUGGUGGUGGUGGAAAAUAACAGCAAUGUUGAUGAUGAUGAUGACGAUGUUGUUACUGUUGGCAGCAAUAUGAAUGCCGUUAUUGUAUCAUCACCAUCAACAAUAGCUAUGGCUUCUUCGGCUCUGGAUUAUGUUGGCCAAUAUGAACAACAACAGGACAAUCGACCGAACAACGAUGACGAUGAAAACGGUAUUUAUACUGAAAAAGAACGAGUUCAUUUGAUUGAGAGACAACAACAACGAAAACCGUACGAUGAUCACAAAGAUACAUUUUCUUCAUAUAAAGAUGUUUUAGUCGAUAGUAGUUGUGGUGGUGGUACUGUUGAUGAUAGUUACCGUAGUCUUUUUCAACAUGGUGGUCAUCAUCUACAUUAUAUCGAUGAAAAUCCUGUUGAACAUCUUCAUACAAUUUCUGAAGAUGAUGAUGAACUUUUACAUAAAAUUUUAUCCUCAUCAUCACCACCACCAUCAACAUCAUCAUCAUCAUCAUCAGCUGACCAUCAUCAUCAUUCGCUUAUUUGCGACCAACAUUCAAUGAUCAUCAAAAAUAAUAAAAAAAAUUUACAAAAUUAUCACCACAGUGAUUCCUAUGGUGAAGAUUAUGAUUAUUAUGAUGAUGAUGAUGAUGAUUAUGACGAUUAUGAUGAUGACAUAUCCGAAUCACGACAAUUAACAAGGCCAAAUAAUUCUACACGUAUAGUGCAAUGUUCAUCAAUAGGCAAUAGGCAUCGAUUGAAUAAUAAUCAACAAACAUCAUCAUCAUCAUCAGCAACAAAAAUGAUGAUUACAUCAAUGGAUCACGGUGUUACAUCUAAAAUGUUAUUACCAACGAUUAUGAUGAAUAAGAAAAAUAAUAAUUGUAAUAAUAAUAUAAUGGCUACAGCUAUUACUGUACAUGCAAUGCAUAAUAAUAAUAAUAGUGAUGAUAGUGAACAAAUGGAUUCUUCGGCACCAUCAAGUUCAACUUCAACAUGGACAUCAUCAAUGUCCGGUACAUCAUCAUCAUCAACAACAUCUGGAUCAUCAUCUUCAUCCGCCGGUGUUGUUGUCGGUGAUAAUAGUGUCUAUAUGGUUGAUGCAACAUUAACAACUAGUUCAUCAUCAUCAUCACCACCUUCAUCGAUAACAACACAAUCAACCUCAUCAUCGAUUAUAAAUUCAAAUAUUUUAAGUGAACAACAACAACAAAAUAGUCAUCAAUCAGGACAGCCAUUAUUAGCUAACCAUAAUUAUCAAUAUCUACAUCCAUAUAGACAAUAUCGUAAUGGUCAUGAAUCGAUACGUAUCGGUUCAUCAUGUAUUUCGGUACAUAGUGCUGUAUCACAAGCAUCAAAUGAUUCAUCAUUAUUGGAUUAUCCAGCUAAUACACCGAUUUGUAAAUUUUGUCAUCAACGUGGUAAAGCUAAUAAUCCAUUAAUAUCACCCUGUCAUUGUCGUGGUACGAUACGUUAUAUGCAUGCCAGAUGUUUGAUGAAAUGGCUUGACAAACUAAAACGGCGUAAUUCACGAUCUCAACCGUUAAGCUGCGAAAUAUGUAACUAUGAAUAUCGUUGGCGUAAACAAUUCAAGUCUCCUAUCGAUUGGACAUUACCACCAUGUAUGGGUAAUGAUCGUCAUUGGCAUACAAUAUUUGUGAUAUGCGCCAUAUUGAUGGUGAUCUCAACAAUUAAUCUGGUUAUAUUUGGUGAUGAUGAACAUACACAUCAUCAUUAUCAUCAUCAUAGUCAUCAUCCACGAUAUCAUUUUAAUAAGUCAAUAUUUGGCAAUAAUAAUAUGGCAGAUUCUGCUACAGCAACAACUAUGUUGCCGUAUUCAUUAAGCCAUAAUAAUAAUAUAUCUAUCUAUGGAAAAGAACAAAUAGGCAGUGAUAAUAAUAAUAAUAAUCUUGAUCUGGAUCAUCCUUGGUUAUCAUCAUUAACGGAUCCAGCAAUAUUAAUUGAUUCAAUGUUACAAUUAAAUUCAAAUGAUACACAUAAUGAACAUCAACAACAUGAUCAAUUUGAUCCAAUUUCCUUGAAAAAUUCAAUUAAUACAAAAAAUCAAAACAAUAAAAAACGUUUACAUUUACUCACCGAGAAGGAUCUUUUGUCCACCGUCUUUCAACAUCAUCAUCAACAAUCAAUGUCAUCAAGUUUAAACAAUUCACUUGUUAAUAGUAAUGAUAGUAUAAAUCUGAAUCAAAAUCAAUUGUCCAGUUCGUCAAUAAUAAACACUGGUGGUCAACAGAACGGUUUUAAUCCAUUUCAUAUAACAUCCGAUCCAUGGCGUCGACGUAAAACAUAUCCAACUGAACCACAUGAAGUGAUAUUAGUCAUUAGUGGUUGCCUUUUUUUCAUUUCAUUUUUUCUUGGAACAUUCGCACAGAUCAAAUCCGAAAUUAGUUUUUAUAAUAUGAUUAUGCGUUUUGUACAUUGGAAUCAACAAUGGAUUAUUGAAGAAUAUGAUCCAAAUAAUGAUGAUUCUAGUGGAAUAGGAACUGUAGCAUCAACAACAGCAGCAGCUGUUACCGUUAGUGAUUCAACACCUUCAACUAUUGAUAACAUCACCAAUAAUAACAAUAAUAAUGAUGAUAAUACUAUAUUGAUAAACCGGUCAUCGUCGAUAUGUGAUCUAUUUUUUUUUCUUUUUUAA